UUUCUGUGCCAGUUCAUUGUGCAGCCUCCCUGUGUCUUCUAGUGUUCUCCAGUUUUUCUUCCGUGGAUUUUGUUAGAAGUAAGUUUUGUUUUGUUUUAGUUUAGUUUAUUAAAUACUUUUUUUGUGUCUGCAUUUUGGCUCCUGCACUUUCCUUUGCCUUAAAUGUGACAGAGUGGUGUCAGAGUGAGAGGCUGCCAUCAGACGAGCAGUUGGGGGUUUUGUGUCUUGAUCAACAGCACCUCGACAGUGUCCCGGAAAUGAACUAGCACCUCUUCAGCUACCAGCCAAAUUUCCAAGCUUGGUCCAUAUUGAGACUUGAACCAGCGACCCUACAAUUCCCAAUUUUAAGCUUACAGGCAUUUAACUGGCUGAUACCGUCCUGCCCGACAGAGCAGCAGUGAUUCACUGAAGAGGACACAUCUCUGCUUUGGCUUUCCUCCGCUGGACGUGUCACCAGCAGCCCAAACGAAAUCUCUGCGGUGAUUGGAGUUUCCAUGUUUUAAUUUUUGUACUUUGGACAUGUGGAUGUAAAUAAACCUCAAACACAAUGAGCGGGAAAAGGGACAGAAGUAUUUCAGAAAGCCUGGUCCUGGACGACACUGAGGACGGAGUGGUCAUCACAGGAAUCACAGAUGACAAAGUUGCUGCAAAGAGUGGACUGCAAAAAGGAGAUGAGAUCGUUGCAGCCACGAUCCACCUCGAUCACCUCAACAAAAAUCAAGUGCUGGACAUCCUGAAGGUCCUGGAGCCAUAUGACAACAACAUGAAGGUUCUGACAAAGAAGGAGCUGGACGUCGGCUCCUUGGGCUUGGAUCUCAAAAACCCUGCAGAGAUGCUCAACCUGAAGAAGGAUCUGUCCCUGGACGCACAGACUAAGGCUCCUGUUGUUUCCCUUAACGGCCUGGAUGGAAAUAUAAAUGCUGGGCAGGGGGUUGGUGGGGGGAUCAGUCUUCCCACUCUCAAUGGGAACCUUCCCAGUCUCAAUCUAGAUAAGCCCUCAGCUGACACUGGGGGUAACUUUGCUUUGCCCUCCGUUGGGCUGAAUGGACCAGAUCUAAAAGGAGAUCUAGAUGGCACCCUUAGAGCACCGGAUGUCAAGCUCAACACUCCCUCCGUUGACAUUGAGAAACCAGAAAUCAAAACAGGCGACGCCAAAUUUACGGCCCCAAAGUUUUCAAUGCCACACUUCAAUGUACCUACAAUCAAAUCCCCAGACGCAGAUGCAGAUCUUUCAGGUGACCUAGAUCUUAAGACCCCCAACCUCUCUGUGUCAGGCCCAGACUUGAACCCACAACUGGAUCUGAAAACUUCUGAUGUUAAGUUAGAAACCCCAAAUGUUGAUCUUAAUGCCCCCUCAGGCAAUAUUAAGUGGCCUCAUCAAACAUGGCAAGUUCCCAAAUUUAAAGGUCUAAAUGCUGACCUGAAUGGACCUGAUGCCAGUCUGUCAACACCAAAGAUUGAUGGGGAUCUCAGCACACCAAAUCUAGAUGUCAACCUUCCCAAAGCAGGCUUUGAAGGCCCUGAUGUAGAUGUUAAAACCCCAAAUGUUGACUUCGAUCCCCCAUCUAGUGGACUUCACCUUCCUUGGAAGAUGAAAAAACCCAAAUUUAAUACCCCCAAAUCAGAUCUGGAUUUAGAUGCAAACCUGAAAGGACCAGAUGUGAAUCUCUCUGCUCCAAAUCUGGAGGCUGGGAUAAAUGCUCCCGAUGUCAAUUUGCCAAAAGCUGAUCUUAAGGGUCCUAAUGUAGACUUGCAAGCCCCAACCAUUGAUGCAGAUGCUUCAUCUGGCAGAUGGGGCUGGUUGCCUUGGAACUGGAACAAGCCAAAGUAUCAUACCCCCAAAGCAGACUUAGACAUUAAAGCAGAUAAACCUGAUUUAAAUUUCUCAGCUCCAAAAAUUGAUGGCGGGAUUAACGGACCAGACCUGAAUCUCCCAAAAGCUGGUCUUACAGGUCCUGAUCUGGAUGCAGAUCUUAACCCACCAUCAGGAAAAUUUACCUGGCCUCAUCAUAAGUGGAAGAAACCCAGACUUCAUGGCCUGAAAGGAGAUCUGAAUGCAGACUAUGAUGCCUCUCUCCCAAAUAUUGAUGGCAACAUUAACGGACCAGACCUGAAUCUCCCAAAAGCUGGCCUUAAAGGUCCUGGUCUCGAUGUAGAUGGCCCAGAUCUAGACAUUGACCCCCCAUCAGGAAAAUUCAACUGGCCUCAUAAGAAGUGGAAGAAACCUGUACUUAAUGGUCCAAAAGUAGACGUGAACACACCAGACCUCUCUCUCCCAAGAAUUGAUGGCAAUAUUGAUGGACCAGAUGUUGAUGUGAGUUUGCCAAAAGCUGAACUUCCAGAUGCCAACUUAGAGGGCCCCUCAAGCAAAAUCAGAUUCCCAACACUGAAAAAGCCGAAGUGGGCCUUCUCAGGUCCUAAAGUGAAUGGUCCAGAUGUUGAUUUAGAUGCUGGUGUCUCUGCUCCUGACUUAAAUCUCAAAGCUCCAAAGAUUGACGGGGAGUUAAAAGCCCCUAAUGCAAAUCUUGACAUCAAUGCUCCAAACAUUGAAGCUCCAUCUGGAGGGAUCAAAUUUCCCACUCUCAAAAAGCCAAAUUGGUCCCUCUCAGGUCCUAAAGUCAAUGGUCCAGAUGUUGAUUUAGAUGCUGGUUUCUCUGCUCCUGACUUCAGUCUCAAAGCUCCAAAGAUUGACGGGGGGUUAAAAGCACCUGAUGCAAACCUUGACAUCAAUGCUCCAAACAUUGAAGCUCCAUCUGGAGGGAUCAAAUUUCCGACUCUCAAGAAGCCCAAGUGGAACUUCUCAGGUCCUAAAGUGAAUGGUCCAGAUGUUGAUUUAGAUGCUGGUGUCUCUGCUCCUGACUUAAGUCUCAAAGCUCCAAAGAUUGACGGGGGGUUAAAAGCACCUGAUGCAAACCUUGACAUCAAUGCUCCAAACAUUGAAGCUCCAUCUGGAGGGAUCAAAUUUCCGACUCUCAAGAAGCCCAAGUGGAACUUCUCAGGUCCUAAAGUGAAUGGUCCAGAUGUUGAUUUAGAUGCUGAUGUAUCUGCUCCUGACUUAAGUCUCAAAGCUCCAAAGAUUGACGGGGAGUUAAAAGCACCUGAUGCAAACCUUGACAUCAAUGCUCCAGAUGUUGAAGGUCCGUCUGGAUUUUUCAAAGGGUUGAAAUUACCUAAAUUUGGUCCACUGAAAGGCCCUAAGGCUGACAUCGAUGCUGAUCUGAAUACACCAGAUUUGAAUCUUUCUGGACCAAAAAUUGAUGGUGGGAUCGGGACUCCGGACCUUGAUGUCAACCUGCCUAGCGCAAAUCUGAGUGGUCCAAAUGUGAACAUCGAUAAUCCAGAUCUCAAACUUGACUCACCAGAUGGUAAACUUAAGUUACCUAAAUUCAGACUCCCAAAUCUCAGAGGACCCAAAGUCAAAGGUCCUGAAUUGGAUGCUGAUUUAGACUCACCAAACAUUAAUGUUGACCUGCCCAAAGCUGAUCUGUCUGCACCAAAUAUCAAAGGUGGUUUGGAUGCCCCAAAUCUUGGUAUUUCUGUAAACAAGCCUGGGUUCAAACUGCCAGGCUUUAACAUAGGAGGAUCAAAGGCUCAGUUACCCGAUGCAGAACUCUCUGGUCUCAAAGGACCUGACAUGAAUCUUUCUGCCCCCUCAAUCAAAGGAGAUCUCAGUACUCCAAACUUAAAUCUAGAUACUGAUCUCAACACAAAUGUUGACCUUAAGGCCCCCAAAUCUAACUUCAGUUUACCAAAUGUUGACUUAAAUCUGCCUAAAACUGAUUUAAAGGGAGCCAGUCUGGAUCUGCCCAAAGCAGACCUCAAAGCACCCGAUGCACAGCUGAAAACCCCAGAUCUGGAUGUAGAGUCAAGGCUUGGUGACUUUAAAUUGCCCCAUUUCAAGCUUCCAAAAUUCGGAGCACCAGAUGCUAAAGUGGAAGUUCCCACAGCAGAUGCCAACAUCUCAGUUCCAUCAGUAGACUUAAGUGGACCAAAGGUAGGGGCAGACAUUGGAGCACCCAAAGUAGAUCUGAAAGCACCAAAUGUGGAUGCAAAUGUUGAAAAGUCAAAACUGCCACAUUUCAAGCUUCCCAAGUUUAACUUGGGAUCCAAUGCAAAAGCUCCAGAGGUUGAUGCAGAUGCAAAUCUUGAAGUCCCUGAUUUGAAGCUCAAAGCUCCAAGUUUUGAUGGAGGAAUCAGCUCACCUGGUGUCAAUCUCUCUGGUCCAGAGGUGGGCACAAGCCUCAACAAACCUAACCUGGGAAUUUCAGCAGAUGCAGAUGUUGAUAUUAAAGGGUCUCCAAAGAGUAAGCUGAGGUGGCCCUUCAAAUGGGGCCGAAAGUCUGUUUCAGGUGACGAUGAGGGAAUUGGUAUAAAUUCUGAAAUUGAUGGUCCCAAUGCAGACUUAGAGGUUCCUGCAUUUAAAUUCCACAGACUGCCCACUAACAGCAGUGAGGGCUCUGGAGGAACUGAUGAUACCUUAGGCUUAGCAAAACUCAACACAGAAGCAAAGGAUUAUGUUGUCAGCAAAGGAGUCCGCUUACCAAUAAUCAAUUCAACGUCAAAGUCAGGAGAAAAAGUUGACAUUUUUGAGAGAUUGAGGAUGGCAAAGGAGAAAGCUCCCUCACCCAAUACUUCACCAACAGAUUCAAGAGGGGAAAUUGAUCUGAAGCUGCCCACCCCGAGUUUUGGUGUCAACACCUCUGCAGAAGGAGCAGAUGCCUCUUUGGUGAGAGGAGGCACAUUUAAAGUAGAAAAACCAGACUCAAUUCUGGACCUGGCAGCCCCGACUAUUUCCACAAAGGAUGAAAAUGACAAAAUGUCGCUGAGCCUCUCCAACAUGCUCGGCCUCAAUAUCAAGGAUUCUGACUGAUCCCACGAGACUCACCUGACAUGUCACACUUCAGUCCAGAUUCAUUGUAAAUACAUGUAACUAAACCACUUCAUUACUUAGUUUUUGACCAUGCAGAGAAAACACAACUGUUUAAUUCACACUUGCCAAUUUUUCUGCAGAUAAUGCCAGCUACAGUAUCCUUCAUGUGUAAUAACUUUCCGUAGCCAAACAACCAACUGUGUUUUUUUAAAACCCUGUAUAUUGCUGUUAUUUAUAUAAGCUUUCUUUCUGAAAAUGUUUGAUUAAGAAGUUACUUUUUAAAUGUCUGAUUCAGUAUUGUAUGUGAUGACAUUGAGCUGUUAAGAAUUCGGAGAAGUGCUUUUACUUACCUAAACAUUUUUAGAUGAGUAAAUUGUGAGUGAAUGUAUUUGUUCAAUAAAUAUAUAAUAAUAUAACGAUA